AUGACCAAAUCGGUUCAGCAAAAGUCGGUGUUAGAGGAGAUUUUGACUUAUGAACCCAAAAAAGCGAAAACUACAGCAGAAAAAGUCAGGGAGCAAGCGACGAAUACCUUCUUUUAUUUCGCACUUGUCGCAUCAAUUUCCGGUUUGGCAACUGUUGGUUAUUUUCUUUUUGCUGAGUUUUUUUCAUCGGAAAGUCCGCAAAAAAUUUUCUCUGAUGCGCUUUCUUUGAUUAGAAAUGAUGAUCGUUGUCGUGAUAUAUUUGGUGCUUCAAUAGCCGGUUUUGGUGAAGAAACAUCACGUGGACGACGACGACAUGUAGCCUAUCAUAGAUAUGAAAAGAAUGGAAAAGAACGAAUUCGUGUAAUAUUUCACUUGAAAGGUUCACGAACGAGAGGAGUCGCACAAGCUGAAAAAGAAUUUUAUGAUGGUGACUGGCGUUGGCGAUUUUUAUUAAUACAAACUGAUGGCAAUCCAUACGAAACGCAUAUAAUCAUUGACAAUCGUGUUUGA